AUAGAUGACGGGAAAAUUGCUGACUUACUUCAGCAGGGAUACAGAAUGCCUCGACCACAACAUGUCGAUGAUAAGUUGUAAGCUACUCCAACCUGUUUUUUUCUUUUUUUAAAAACUGAAACCAAAUCUACUAGGGCAGACAUCUAUCAUUCAUCAUUCGUCUUAAGCUCCUUCAGAAAUACUUUGAGUUGAGCUGCACUUGACUGAUGUCUUUCUUGUUAAUUUUCUGAUAAUAUUUGGUAUUUUCAUGUUUAAAAACCGCAUUCUAGUUUAUAAACACCAGAUAUCAGAUCAUGAUGAAAUGCUGGAAAAAUGACCCGGAUGCAAGACCAACACUGACUUAA